GAAUCCAUUUGCAUGGAGAACAUGGUCAUACUGAUUGGGUUACACAUAUUCUUGGUACUUCCACUGGUCGUGAUUCUACUGGACCAGAAGAAAAAAAAACAACAAAAAUAACAACAACAACAACAAAGAAACAGGAAUAUUACUAAUUCAUCUUGUUGACAUGUCUGCGUCAUACUUUAGUCUAAAUAUACAAAGCAGCACUGGUGUAAUUUAUAAUUAAAGCUGCGCUUACUUUGUGGAAACUGUUUGACAGAAGCCCAGGAGCACGGUCGGAACACACGUACAAUCCGUGGUAAAGACAAAAUGCAUUCUGCAAAGACGAUUAAACGAUGUUUAAUUUAUGCUGUUUUGUGGACUGUUUGUGCAGUUAGUGCAGUUGCAGAUCCAGUCGUUUCCACGGCGUACGGCAGUUUGAAAGGGAGGCUCUCCUCUGUGAAGGGUACAGACCAAGUCGGUCACGAAUACUUAGGAAUUCCUUUUGCCAAACCCCCUUUGGGACCACUGAGGUUCUCGGCUCCCCAGCCACCCGAACCAUGGAGCGGAAUCAGAGAUGCCACCAACCAACCGGCUAUGUGUAUACAGGACAUACAGUAUACAGCACAGUUAUUGGAGGAUGUCAUGUUGGAUUUCCAAAUACCAGCCAUCUCAGAGGACUGUUUGUAUUUGAAUAUAUACACCCCUGGAGAGGCAGCAGCGAAGGAGACCAGACUGCCUGUUAUGGUUUGGAUUCAUGGAGGCGGAUUGAUGAUUGGAGCAGCAUCCCAGUACGACGGAUCAGCCCUUGCUGCCUAUGAGAAUGUGGUGGUUGUUGUGAUUCAGUAUAGACUGGGAAUACUGGGGUUUUUAAGCACCAAUGAUGAGCAUGCCCGUGGGAACUGGGGUUUCCUGGACCAGGUGGCAGCCCUGCAGUGGGUUCAGGAGAAUAUCAAGAGUUUUGGAGGGGAUCCCAAUUCUGUAACCAUUUUUGGAGAAUCGGCAGGAGGGUGCAGCGUGUCUGCACUUGUUUUGUCUCCCUUAUCGUCUGGCGUGUUCCACAAGGCAAUAUCUGAGAGCGGAGUUGCAACUAUACACAGCGUCAUCACCUCUAAUCCACAGCCUAUAAACCCGAUGGUUGUUAAUGCAACUGGCUGUGACUACACAGACUCGGCAACACUAGUCAAGUGUUUAAGAGAGAAGAACGAUGAAGUCUUUGUGAACGCAAGUAAACUGCAUAUAAUACUACCAGGCACAGUCGAUGGUGUGUUUCUCCCGAGCACGGUGGAAGAGAUCUUGAAAGAGAAACGUUUUCACAAGGUGCCCUAUUUGUUAGGAAUCAACAAUCAUGAGUUUGGCUGGCUCUUGCCAAAGACAAUGUGUCCUCCUGGCUGGGAAGAGGGAAUGGAUAAAGAAAAAGCAAUCGCUGUCCUGAAUAUGUUGGUCCCAGUAGAGGUUUUAGGACCGGGAGUAAACGAGCGCAUUGCAGCUGAAUACUUCAAAGAUACAGAAGACCCUGUGAAGCUGAGAGACCUGUUCACAGAAAUGCUGGGAGAUGUAUUUAUGGUUCUGCCAACUAUCAUAGCUGCUAACUAUCAUAAAGAGGCUGGUGUGCCAGUGUACCUGUACGAGUUCCAGCAUCGCCCCAGUAUCUACAAAGACAAAAGACCCAGCUUUGUGAAAGCAGAUCAUGGAGAUGAGAUUGGCUUUGUCUUUGGAAGUUGUUUCUGGAAUGGACAAAUUAAGGUUGAAGGGACCGUAACUGAGGAGGAAAUGAAGCUGUGCAGGGUAAUGAUGGCGUACUGGGCUAAUUUUGCUAGAAAUGGGACGCCCAAUGGGGAUGGGUUGGUGCACUGGCCAGUCUAUGACAAGAAUGAAGAAUACAUGGCCCUCGGUUUGGAGCAGAAGAAUGGGACGAAGCUCAAGGGAGAUAUCAUGACUUUUUUAACAAACCUCCUGUCUGAAAAAAAUAAACCUAGUGAGGAAAGUGGAGAGCGCAGCGAGUUGUAGAUUAGUCAGGUGGUUCAAUUUUUUGCAACUGAGCUCACACACACCGUUAGAUAGACAUCAUGACGUUUCAUCUCCUAAAACCAAAUAAAAAUCUUAAAUAUAAACAUAACGUAGGAAUUGCAAUGGAAUAUAAGGGCGAUGAUUCUUGUGUAGAAGUGCCUGUUAGAUACAAGAGUACACAUUCAGAAAUUGAUCUUAGUUGUUAUCCACGUAGGACAGCACAAGCAAGAGUCAAUGGUUACAGAUAACAAAAUAAUCUCUUACCCAUCAUGCACUUUCAUUUGCUGUGUAGAUUUCAAAUGUACAGUUUUGAAAGAAGAAGAUGUUAUAGCAAACAGUGUAUUUUAAAUCAAAACAUAACUGGUACUACAGCAGGGUAAAAAUCUGCUGUACUUUGAUAAGUGCCCAGUAAAUGAUCAGUUGCCAAUUUAAAUAAUGAUUGCAGUGAACGGUUGUUUGGUAUUAACUGAGAAAGACUGUAUAGGCUCUUCUGUUUAGUACCAUAUGCUUGUGAUUAUGAGGUUCUGGAUAGCAACGGUUUCAUCUUAGUCCCAAUUGUAGUGAACAAGAUUUAUGACAUUGCAACAGUUCAUUACUGCAAUUUUAAUAUUUUAAAAAACAGUUUUGGUAAGGAGAAUAAAAUAAAAAAUAAUGAACUUUAUUGAUCUUGCUAAAAGAUAUAAUCAUUUUUUUCUUUGGAAAGUGUUUACAGUGAAUGUUCAAUUUUCAUUGGAUUCAGUCCCCUAAUACAAUUUUACUUGCAUCAUGAA